AUGGUAGAGUUCGCCAUCAACAACUCGGUGCAUGCGUCCACGACACAUACACCGUUUUACGUGAAUGGCUUGCGCCAUCCGCGUGUACCCACCUUACUAGAGUGUGACUCUGGUUUAAGGGGGGGAGGGACUCGCGCGAGCAAAAACCGAUUUGGUUCACGCUCAUCACGCUAUGACGAAGAAGUCAUUGCGUUUGAUGCCGAUAUCGAUAACAUCGAUAUCGAAGAAUAUGAUGCCAGUGAGGGUGCGGAAGCCCUCACUGAAGAAGAUGAUGCCAGUGAGAGUGCGGAAGCCCUCACUGAAGAAAAGGUUGAUGUUGCUGCAGUGCGCUCAUAG